AUGACUACCGCCGCCUGGGACCGCGAAAAGGCUCUUGCAGAGCAUGACGAACUGCUCAAGCGCGCGGCUACCACCGAAGAAGGUGACAUGAUCGCCACUAAGAACCACCUCAACUCGCCCAUUCUUCGUCUACCUGGCGAGAUCCGCAACCAAAUCUACAGAUACGUCUGCGAAACAACCACAAUCAGAUACGGCGAGAAUUACGAGAAGCGUCCCGAAGGUACUGGAACUGCCUGUCGCUUCACCCAAACAUUCCUUCUCACCUGCAAACAAUGGCACUCCGAGGCGAUUACACUCAUGUAUGGUCUCGCAACGUUCGAGGUGUCCAGUACCGAGGCAUGGCUUUCCCGUCAAAGCUUCAACCCCAAGUAUUGCAGCCUCAUUACGUCGCUCUCCGUUGACUCUGUAGUCAUAUCAACAGCGUUGAGGACGACCCAGGGAUACACCUAUGAAGAGGACGAAGAGUAUGAAGACUUGUUUCCAAAGUAUAUGCCUGGGAGAUAUUUUGCUGCCGUGGAAAGGGUACAUAUACACAGUCCUGGUUGGAAGGAAGACUAUAUAUUUGAUGUGCUGAGAAAGUGGUUCGAAAAGGAGGACCUACAGGUCACUGGCAAUGGUGCUUGCGCUAUAUACCUCCGAGGACGUCGUUGA